CCGGAAAUAAAGAGCGGGAGGUUGGCGGCGGGGCGUCACGUGACCGGCAGGGACUUGGCGUCACGUGGCCAUGGCGGCGCGUUUGAACAGCAACGUGAAGAAGGGUGAAGCCAUUCUGGACCUCACCAAAUACAUCAACAAGGGCGUCCACGUGAGGUUUUUCGGGGGUCGUGCCGUGAGCGGGGUCCUCAAGGGGUUCGACCACCUGGUGAACCUCGUGUUGGACGGGGCUACCGAGUACCUUCGAGAUGCAGAAGAGCCGUACCGCAUGUCUGGAGACACACGGCCGUUGGGCCUUCUGGUUUGUCGCGGCACCUCCAUCAGCCUGCUGGGCCCCCAGGACGGCUUCCAGGCCAUCGACAACCCCUUUCCGUCGCCCAGCAGCGACACCAGCAGCGGCACGGAGAGCAGCCCCGGAUCCACGGGGACCUGGGAUCAGAUGCUUCGUGGUCUUGAGGACACUCGGCUUCCGAGGGAAGCGGAGGAGAUCGGUCACGUUUGCACGCGUCGUUGAGUCUAAAGGAAGACGCAGAGGAAAUGCGGUCAACGAAUGAGCGUUAUUAUUAUUGUUAUUAAGUGCACUAUUGUUAGUUUAACGGUGUUUGUCGUGCGGAGGAGGUGAUGUAGCGCCGUGGAAAUAGCAGCGCUGGCUCGGGGUCUACUGCACCCUUGAGCGGAGGGGCACUUUAUUAUUUAACGAUUAUUUAAUUAUUCGAAGAGGUCCUUAUUUACCGGAGAUAAUUACAGUGUAGUGAAUUCAGCGUCUUUUUGUUGUCAUAAAAAUAGAAAACUUAGGAUAUCGAGUAAUGUUUAAAGGUCAUUGGACUUUGCUGAUGAAUGUAACUGGUUGUUAAUCAGUUGCCAGGCUACAUUUGUAAGAGCGUUGCAUCUGACCCAUCCUGUACUCCAAGCAGCCGGCUAAUAAUUCGGAGGGAAAUUUUUGUUUUAAAUUUAAUGACAGGAUGGAAAAGCAACCUUUUGAAAUGUGUUCUAGUUGAAUACUAAGUUUUUUUUGUCAACCAUUUCAAGGAGGCAGCAGUAGGCCCUGUACGGAUCGCAGCGACACCGCCGGGACGCUGCUUGGGUGGCGCGUUCACAAGUGCGGCGAUUCUACGAUCGUCCAAUGCGGGGCGUGGUGUCGCGAGGUCUGUGGUUGUCGUGGGAGAGAGAAGCCCGGUGCUUCCACAGUCGGUUACUCGACGAGGUUUUUGUUUGCAAAAACGUAUAUGUAAUCGUCGAUAGAAUAACAAAAUAAUAGCAUCUACUACAGCAAAAGUAUCAAUAAUGCUGUGCGUUAUCUAUCUGGCCAGGUGGUUAGUGGACAACUUGCUCGUUAAAGUCGAGGGUUGCAGUUUAACAUCCCAGUUGGAGUUGAAACCGACCCAUCGUCUCUCCGUGGAGGCACGAGGAGGAGGGUGGAGGCACGAGGAGGAGGCGGUUUCAAUGCAAAUGGCCCCAGCGCCACAACUCAUGAUUUGAUGCUUUUUAGGGAAUAUCUUGGCAUCUCAAACCCGCUGUUUCACUGAUCUUGAUAUUCGUUGCAAUGGAAACAAAUACGAAAUCGUCGUGUGCUGGAGGUGUUGCUGAUGGCCCGAAUCGACCCAUCCAUUCCUCCGGUGUUAAUAAAACAAGUACAAUGGUGGAAA